GAUAUAGUGAAUGCAGGGUCCGGGGAGACCAGAUAUAGUGAAUGCAGGGUCCGGGGAGACCAGAUAUAGUGAAUGCAGGGUCCGGGGGGGACCAGAUAUAGUGAAUGCAGGGUCCGGGGGGACCAGAUAUAGUGAAUGCAGGGUCCGGGGAGACCAGAUAUAGUGAAUGCAGGGUCCGGGGGGACCAGAUAUAGUGAAUUGUGUGGACUGUGGGUGACCAGAUAUAGUGAAUGCAGGGUUUAGUAACACUGUA